GGCGUCUCGUCGCCACCGCUCCUCUGCACAUUUCGAUGUGAUGGAGACGGGGUACGACUUCAUUCUCGGCACUCCGUGGUCUCGUCGGUUCUGCAGCACCGAGGCCGAUUGGGCGACCAACACUUUCGUUCUCAAAACAAAGUGUGGACAGACAUCUCGCGUACCUUUCAUAGGUACCGCCGCGACACCACGCCCCGAUCCUCCUCCCCCGGAUCCUUCUGUGCCCACACCAUCUCCUUCUAUCACUGUCACUUCGCCUCGGCAGUUCGCCCACUUCAUCCGACAGGACGACGUCACCUUCUUUAUGGUGAACGUGACGGAUCUCUUACACUAUGAUCCACCCUGUCCCAACGCUGAGCUCAUCCCUCUGGAGCCACAUUCUCCUUCUAUCUCCAUGCCUCUCAUCUCUACUUUCGUCCCUCCGCCGUCCGUCGAGUCCACCCUGCCGUCGUGCGCUGACGCUGACGCUGAGGAACUCGCACGAUAUACGGCUAACCUGGAGCCCACAGUUCGUGACCUCAUUCGAGAGUACCACGACGUUUUCCCAUCGUCGUUCUCGUAUGCGGGCAUCCCACCGAUGCGUGACGUCGAGCACUCCAUUCAGCUUGUGCCUGACUAUCGUGUUCACCACCAGGCACCCUACAGACUCUCGAUCCCCAAGGCCGCCGAACUCAAGCGUCAGCUUGAGGAGCUCAUGGGAGUGGGUUUCAUUAAACCCAGCAACUCCCCGUGGGGUGCACCCGUCCUUUUUGCUCGCAAAGCGGAUGGAACUCUUCGUCUCUGCAUCGACUACCGCAAUCUUAACCCCUACACGGUUAAGAACAGCUACCCCAUGCCUUGCUCCGAUGAGCUGUUCGACCGCCUAGCAGGCAACCGCUUCUUUACGAAGAUUGAUCUUCGUAGCGGUUACCAUCAGAUCCGCGUCGCUGCAGUCGGCCAGCUGAAAACCGCGUUCCGAUCACGCUUCGGCCACUACGAGUUCACGGUGAUGUCAUUCGGCCUCACCAAUGCACCCGCUACCUUUCAGAGGGCGAUGAACGACAUCUUCAGGGACAUCCUGGAGCAGUACGUUCUCGUCUACCUCGACGAUAUCCUGGUCUACAGCCGUACCCUUGAGGAGCACCUCAGAUACCUCUGCGACUUCCUUGACCGCUUGUGCAGACAUGGCUUCUACGCCAAGCUGAGCAAGUGCCGCUUUGCCCAGCACAAUGUGGAUUUCUCAGGACACUACGUGUCUGACCAGGGUCUCCACAUGGACGACGCGAAGAUCACUGCUAUUGCGGAGUGGCCCGCCCCCACAUCCGCCAAGCAGCUUCGCAGCUUCCUAGGCCUGACCAGCUACUAUAGUAAUUUCAUCCGGGGAUACACUAGGUAUUCCUACGUCCUUACCUCCACCGUCCUCUGGAAGAACCCACCCUGGGCUUGGACACCCCUCCACAAGGACGCCUUCCUCGCCCCCAAGAAGGCGGUGAUAUGCGCACCGGUUCUUCACCUACCCGAUUUUGAUCGCCCUUUUAUCCUUAUCACCGAUGCGUCAGACUUUGCCGUCGGAGCAGUGCUUUCCCAGGUCUUCCCCUCCUCUCCUGAUUCCUUUCAUCCUCGUAUCCCUCGCUUCCCAUCACCUACCCCUACCACUGCUUCCCGACUGACGCCUACUCGUCCAGCUACUGACGAGCCUUCUAUUGACUAUUCUCCUACCAUCGUCGAGGACGCCACUGUCAAGUCUCGCUCAGGUGAUUGUCCGAUAGCCUUCUACUCCCGUCAGCUCCAGCCCGCCGAGAUAAACUACACCGCUGAUGAACGUGAGCUACGUGUCCGCGCAGUAGCAGAGUUCCAUGACCAGGCAGCCGCCGUUCAUAUGGGCUUCCACAAGACGUUGGCUCAUGUGAGCCGCCUGUACGUCUGGCUGAAGCGCAAGGACUUUGUGAAGGACUACGUUGCAGAGUGUCCCACCUGUCAGGAGGUGAAUAGUGUGAACCACUUGCCUUAUGGUUUGCUCCAGCCUCUUCCUAUCCCUGAGGGUCGUUGGCAGUCCAUCUCGAUGGACUUUAUCGGUCCCCUUCGUCCUCCGACCCCUCGCGGUCAUGAUGCUAUCCUGGUCGUCGUCGACCACUUCACGAAGCGUGCACGCUUUGUUCCGUGUCGCUAUGCCAUCAGUGCACGUGAGGUUGUCGACAUCGUGUUUGACCGAGUCGUGCGUGACCACGGCUUACCUCUUAGCAUCAUAUCUGACCGUGACCCGCGUUUUACUAGCCGAUUCUGGCGACGACUCCACGAGGUGUACAACACUCAACUCCACUUCUCCUCGUCUUACCAUCCUCAGACUGAUGGUCAGACCGAGAUUACGAACAGGACUCUCGGAGAUAUUCUCCGAAAGAUUGUUCGUGACGACCAGCAGUGGGAUCUCCAUCUUGCCCACGCGGAGAUAGCCUACAACCACGCCGUCUCGCCAGCCACGGGGAUGUCGCCUUACUAUUGCGAUCUCGGCUAUCACCCGCGUGUUCCCGCGGACUUCCUUCGACCAUCCCAGCUGCACCCCGACACGAGUUGUCCCGCGCUGGAUGAUUGGGUUGCACACAUGACGUCGAGCACAUAGCCGCUUCCCAGACUCGCAUGGCAGCACGUGCGAACCGAUCGAGGAUGGAUCAUACAUUCAAAGUCGGUGAUGAUGUGCUAAUGGACGCUC